AUGGCGACCAAAUCGCGUACCGGGUUUUUGGGUGACACAGCGGUUGCCUUCCUGAAGGCUAUCAAAGUGAAAAAGGGCAACUUGCUCGGUUUCUCUAUGGGAGGCGGUGUUGCGCAGCACAUUGCCAUCAACUACCCUGACCUUGUGGAGAAGGCUGUCAUCGCUGGAUCGAUUGUUGGAAAUGGGCCUGGUAUUGAACUGGCCACGGAUGCGACUUUUGCUAUUGCUCGCCAGCCUGUAGUUCCCCAAGAUCAAGGCCUGGGCUUGUUCUUCUACCCUUCCAACACUAGCACGGCUGCAGCUAUCGACUACGCUAAUCGCAUCACCGAGCGGAACGUGCCAGGCGAGAACAAGACGAACCAAGUGCAAGAGCCUGGCACCUCUAGACACCUCAAAGCUAUCCUCGACUUCACCCGGAACUCCACAUACCUGGAGCAAGCGAAAAAUAUCAAGGCGCCGCUUUUUAUUACCUCCGGAACACGCGAUGUCUUAGCACCUUCCUCUGGCGACUUUGUCCUCCAGCAAAAGGUUCCUGGCUCCUAUUUGCAAGUCUUCCCAGACUCCGGACAUGGUCACCUCUUCCAGUUUCCAAAGGCUUUCUCCGAACUAGUGCAGGAGUUUCUAGGCGCCUGA